AUGAAUUGUCCAAAUCAUCCUCAACAUAAAAUUUCUGUUAUAUGUAUAGCGCAUCACUAAUGCUAAAGAAAACUAUGUAGUGAAUGCUAAUACAAACAUGGAGGAGAUUUAAAAGAAUUUCUUCCUUUAAAAGUUUUUCUUGAUAAAUUAUAAACAAAGGCUUAAGAAUUCAAACUUUAGACUGAAGAAUUCAAAGAAUAAUUCCCUUAAAAAUCUAUAAUUAAAGAAACCAAAAUUUUUUUGAAGAAAAAAUGGAAAGAAUUAAAAAAAUCCUUCAAUUGGAUUAAUGAUAAUAUUGAAAAUUAAGAUUCUAUUUACUUUUAAUUAAUGAACAAUUAACUUUUACCUUAAGAAUACUCUUAUUAAGAUCUUGAGACUAUUGUAAAAAUUUUAUAGGGGAAUAAACUAAUUGAAUGGAAUAAAUUAAAAACCCAUUACUUCAAUUAAUUGUAGUAGGCUAAUUCUUGGCUGAAAUAAGAAACUGAAAAAUUCACUCAUACAAUAGAUUAAAAACUUUAAGGAAUAUUAAGCAGUAGAAAAAUUUAAGAAUGUGUUGGUUUGAUAUAAGUCGACAAAAGUUUAACAAAAACUAAUUUUUAAAUAAAGAACACAUAAUUAAAUGAAAUUUAAUAUAUUUGGAAUGGUGAAAUCUUGAAAACGUAUUACUAUUAAAAUUAUUAAUAGAUUUAUUAUAUAUGAUUUACUAAGUUAGCCAUAAAUAAUUACGAAUUUAGAAGAAAUCAAGAAUCUCCAUUGGAAAGGGGAGUUAGGGUAGAAUUUCUAGAAGGUGGGAUUAUGGACAGCAGAAUGGAAGAAUACAAAAUAGAUAGUAUGUCGUGGUUAGUACUCUAUGGAUGGUAAAAAAACUGGUUAGUGGGUUGAGACAAUCAAAAAUUUUUAUGAGUACUUUAUAUAUUUAGAAUUUUAGUCAUGCAUAAAUAUAUGAGAUAGGAAAUUAUGUGAAUAAUUUGAAGUAAGGAAUUUGGAAGUAUCGCUAUGAUUUCGAAAAUAUGUAUUAAUCUUGAUUAAUAAAUAAAAAGGGGAGGCGGAGAAUACAAUGACUAAGAAUUGAAGAUUGGAUAUUGGAUAGAGUUGAAAGUUGCAGCAUAACCUCUCAUUCUUAAAGGAGAAUAUGAUAAAGGUAUGAAAAUUGGUAAAUGGGAAAUAUUUCAACUAUCUUACCAAAAACUUUCAAUUGCUAGUGGAUACUAUGAUAAAGAAGGAGAAGGUUUAAAGAUUGGGAAGUGGGUGGAUUUUAAUGAGGGUGGUUUUUAGGAUUAUCAAGAUGAUUUUGUAACGUAUUAAGGUCAAUACCAAAAAGGGAAAAAAUUAGGUCGAUGGGAAAUAAAGAAGGAUGCGGAUAAAAAAUUUAAAAGUGGAUUUUAUGAAAAUGAUCUUAAGAUAGGGAGAUGGGCGAUAUUCAAUGAUUAGUAUAUACCCUAAUGUAUAUAUGUUGGUGAAUAUCUUAAUGGUAUCAAAGCUGGUAGAUGGCAUAUUUAACAGAAAGAAUCUAAUAAAUAUGAAAAGAAGUAAAAAAAUAAAUUAGAUAUAAUUAGAUUUGAUUACGGAGUAUUUCGAGGAGGAUCAAGUGAAAUUAAAAUUGGAAAAUGGUUAGAGUAUAUUGACAUUUCUUUAAAAUUUGCUUAUAGCGGAGAAUAUAAAGAUAACAAAAAGGUUGGUCUAUGGACUAUUAUCCAGACUGAAACAAAAAAAGUCAUGUACAUCUUAGAUAUUAAUAUAAAUAUAUUUUAGUGGUGGAGGGGUAUAUUGCACCAAUGGCAAUUAAAUUAAAAAUGGAAAAUGGGUAGAGUUGAUAGAUACACAUAGUGCUUCAAUUGUUACGUAUAAAAAUGGGAAAAAAAUUGGAAGAUGGGGGAUUUAUUAUCUUAAUUAUUCAAUGUUACCAGAUGAAUCAGCUAAUCAUAAUGGUGGCUGUGGGUCUUACAAAGAAGGAGAGGAUGAAAUAAAGAUAGGCAAAUGGAUUGAAAUUGUAUAGAAUGGAAAAUAAGAAUUACGUGAAAUUGGUGUCUAUUAAGAGGGUCGAAAAAUUGGAUAAUGGAAUAUUGAUUAUUGGAUUUACUCUGAUAAAAAAUUUGAACUAAUGUAUUAUUAAAUAUCAUCAACAUAAUUUAGUGGAGGAGGAUUUUAUGAUGAAGAAGGUAGCGGCAUUAAAAUUGGUUAAUGGGUUGAAUUAUGUUGCAUGUUUGGAGAUAAAUUUCAAAUAUUAUAUAAUGGUCAAUAUAGAUAAGGUAAAAAAUUUGGUUAGUGGGAUAUACUACGUCAAAAUGGAAAAGCAGAAUAAAAGUAAAACAUUUCCUAAUUGAUACACUUAGUAAAUUAUAAUUAAGAGACACAGAGUAGAAACUUGAGUCGAGAUAUGAAUAAUUAUUAGAAGGAUUUUAUAAUGAUUCAUUAAUAAAUCAGAAGAGUGAAAUGAAAAAUAACUUGUAUGUUGGUAGUCGAUUCAAUCAUAAGGAACUAUUCGAUUUAAUGUAUGAUAAGAUCAUUUAAAUCUUUAGAGGAGGAGGAUAAUAUGAUAUAAACGGAUUAAAAAUUGGCCAUUGGGUUGAUUUCAGCAAUGACUUUAUUGAAAGCUCAUAAAUUCUAUGUGUUGGCGAAUAUUCAAAUGGUGAGAAGGUGGGAAGGUGGGACACUUGGAAAAUAGAGGAUAAUUAAUAUACAUUAAUGUAAUUCCAAAUACAUACAUUAGUUGCGAAGGGUCAUAUGAUAUCAAAGGUGAAAUUAAAAUAGGCAAUUGGAGAGAAUUUGAUAGAAAAAAAAGAGUCUCUUCUUAGGGGAAAUAUUAAUAAAAUAUAAAAGUUGGCUUGUGGAAAGAAUAUCAAGAAGAUCAACUUAUGUAAUUUAAAAAUAAAUAAUGCAAAUAGCGGUUAAAAGAAUUAUGAUGAAUAAGGAGUGAAGAUAUUUGAAAGUCGAGAGUAAUUUGAAUCAUAUUUAAUAAUUAGGCCAAUAAUAUAAGUAGGUGAUUUUAAAGGUUGUAAAAAAGUUGGAAAGUGGGAAGUCUAUUAUAAAGCUAAAAAUGAAAAAUAUUUUGAAAAAAUGUAAUAUCUAAGAAUUAUCUUAGCGGAGGAGGAUCUUAUCAUGAAGACGGAAAUGGUAUGAAGACUGGAAACUGGGUAGAGAUUAGUGAGGAGUAUAACGAUUAAUGUAAAGUUAUCUAAUAAGGUUAAUAUCAAAAUGAUAACAAAAUUGGUCUAUGGAAAGAAUUUGAUGGGAAGAACUUAUCGUAAAUUUUUUAUAAAUUAAUAUUAGUUAGUGUUCAAAUUACAGUGAAUAAGGAAUUCUAAUUUAUGAAAGUGGAAAGUAUUUGAGCAUAAUUAUGUUUAAUUAGUCCUUAAAAUGUGCUGUAUGAAGGAGAAUACAAAAAUUGGAAAAAAGUUGGAAGGUGGGACGUCUAUUAUAAAGCUAAAAAUGAAAAAUAUUUUGAAAAAAUGUAAUAUCUAAGAAUUAUCUUAGCGGAGGAGGAUCUUAUCAUGAAGACGGAAAUGGUAUGAAGACUGGAAACUGGGUAGAGAUUAGUGAGGAGUAUAACGAUUAAUGUAAAGUUAUCUAAUAAGGUUAAUAUCAAAAUGAUAACAAAAUUGGUCUAUGGAAGGAAUUUGAUGGGAAGAACUAGUGGUAAUAAUAUUAAUUAUUCCUAAUUAUAGUCGUAGUAUAAAUUAUGAUGAUGAAGGAAAUGAGAUCUAUAAAAGUGGAAAGUAUUUUUAUCUUAAAAACAUCAGGCCAAAUAAACAAUUGUGGAUGGGAUAAUUUAAGGGUAAUUAAAAAAUUGGAAGAUGGGAUAUUUCAAUUUUGAGCUCUAAUUAUAAAGAAAUAUAUAAGGGGGGAGGAUCAUACGAUGAAUAAGGUGAUGAAAUUAAGCUAGGUAAAUGGAUUGAGCCGAUUAAUGAUUUUGAAAUAACUUAUGAGGGUGAAUAUAAAAAUGGUAGAAAAAUAGGUAGGUGGGAUAUAGUUAACAAUUAGUAUAAAACCAUUAUUAUAGGAGGAGGAUCAUAUGACGAUAAAGGUCAUGAAAUUAAGAUAGGGAAAUGGAAAGAAAUCAGUGAGAAUUCUGCUCAUACAAAGUAUGAAGGUGAAUAUAAAAAUCAGAAAAAGAUUGGUUUAUGGAAAGAAUAUAAUGAAUAUGGUUUAUGGUAAAAAUAUGCGUUAUUCCUAAUUAUAGUGGUUGUAUAAAUUACGAUGAUGAAGGAAAUGAGAUCUAAAAAAGUGGAAUGUAUUUGAAUAUUUAAAUUUUUUAGACCAUAAAGUAUGAUCUGGGUUGGAGAAUUUAGAGGAGGUAAAAAAGUUGGAAGGUGGAAUUUCGAAAAACUGAGGGAUAAUCCCUAAAUUGAAAAAAUGUAUAUAUAUAAUCUUAUAAUUAUCAAAAGUGGAGGAUCAUAUGAUGAGCAGGGUAAUAAAAUUGGUAUAUGGAUUGAGUAUAAUAGAAGAUAAAUAGAUGAUCUGGAAUUUUUUUAUAAGGGUGAAUAUCAUAGAGGUAAAAAAGUUGGAAAGUGGAGUUAGACUUGUUGUGCAAAUAUCUCUGAAAAUUUAUUUUUUAGUUUUGGAGGAUGUUAUAAUGAUAGAGGAGAAUAGGUUGGUGAAUGGUCUGAGUUCAUCUAUGAUUUUCAAAUCAUUUUAUCUGGUUAAUAUAGAAAAGGUAAAAAAGUUGGGAAAUGGGAUAUCAAAUAAUGGAACAGUGAUGGAUUAUAAAAUGAUUUGUAAAAAUUGAAUAAUAAUAAUAUUAGCGGUGGUGGAGCAUAUGAUUAUACAGGUUUAGCGAGAAAAGUUGGGAAAUGGUCAGAAUUAUUUGAUUCUAUGCUUUUUUGUUCUUCUGUUAAAUAUACAGGUGAUUAUGAGAAUGGUGUAAAAGUUGGCUACUGGAAUAUUUUGGUAAAAAAUUUGUAUUAAGAUUACCAAACUAUGUAAGGAUAAAAAUAUCAUUAAUUUUAGUGGUGGUGGAAUUUACAAUUAUGGAGUGUAGAAUGGAGCGUGGAUCGAAUUAAAUGAAAAUUUCAAUGAUGAAUUUCAAAUUAUUCAAUAGGGCUAAUAUAUAUAGGGCAAAAAGGUUGGUAAAUGGGAUAUUCUUUAUAAAAAAUUUAAUGAGCAUUAGUUUAUUCAAAUGUAAAUAAUAUACAAUAAUUUAUUUAAGUGCCGGAGGCUCAUACGAUAAUAAAAGCUAGAAUUUUAAGGAAGGAAUAUGGUUUGAGUUAAGUGAUGGUUUUUGGGAAAAUUAUUAAAUCCUGUAUUUUGGAUAAUAUGCAAAUGGUAAGAAAGUUGGAAAAUGGAAAUGUUUCGAAAUUGAUAUUACAAAAAUUGAAUAGAAAGGGCAAAAUAACAUGAUAGAAUUGCUAAAUGGAUUUUAUAAUGAAUCUUAAAUCAUAUAUGAUGUAAAUCUAAUACAAAAGAGAGAGGAUUACAGGUUCCAAAUGUUAUCAAAUUUUAAUUCAAUGUAAAAUAUGAAUAAAUCUCUUUAGAGGUGAGGGAUCAUAUGACCUAGGAGGGGAUGAAGUUAAAAUUGGAAAAUGGGUUGAAAUAAGUGAUAGUUCUACUGAAAUUACAUAUGAAGGUGUUUAUUUAAAUCAGAAAAAGAUUGGUUUAUGGAAAGAAUAUAAUGAAAAUGGUUUAUGGUAAAAAUAUGCGUUAUUCCUAAUUAUAGUGGUUGUAUAAAUUACGAUGAUGAAGGAAAUGAGAUCUAUAAAAGUGGAAUGUAUUUGAAUAUUAAAUUUUUUUUAGACCAUUAAGCACUCUAUGGGUUGGAGAAUUUAAAGGAAUUAAGAAAAUUGGGAGGUGGGAUCUCUACAUUGAAGAGUACUCAAAUUUUGUCAAUUAGUACUAAUAUUUUAGAUCAUUAUCAAUAGUGGAGGAGGUUUAUAUGACGAAGGAGGUGAUGAAAUUAAGAUUGGUAAAUGGAGUGAGUUGAUGAAUGAUUUGAAAAUAACUUAUGAGGGUGAAUAUCAUAAUGGCAGAAAAGUAGGUAGAUGGGAUAUGAUAUUUUAAAAAAAAACUAUGUAAAAAUUUAAGAAUAACUAUUUUCUUUAGUGGAGGUGGACUUUAUAGCGAAGGAGGUGAAGAAAUUAAGAUUGGGAAAUGGAUAGAAAUUAGUGAGAAUUCUGAUGAAAUCAGGUAUGAAGGCGAAUAUAAAAAUAAUAUAAAAAUUGGCUUAUGGGUAGAACAUAUUUACUCAUAAAAAAUUUUUAAAAAUCUUAGUGUAAAUUAUGAUGACGAAGGCAAUGAGAUUUAUCGAAGUGGAAAGUAUUUUUAUAUGCUUUCAAUAUUAGUCCUAAAAAUUAAUUGUGGAUUGGAUAAUUUAAAGGCGGUAAAAAAUUUGGAAGAUGGGAAAUUUACUUUAGGAUUAAUGUUAAUAAAAAAUUUUUUAAAAUGUAUAAACAAAAUAAAACUUACAAUAGCGGAGAAGGAUCUUAUGAUGAAGAAGGAAAUGGAAUGAAGGUUGGAGAAUGGAUAGAGAUUAAUGAGAGAAUGAAUUAUUUAUUUCAAACAAUUCCUAAAGUUUAACAUGGUGAAUAUAAAGCUGGCAAAAAAAUUGGUUUUUGGAAAUAAUACAAAUAUACAUUUAAUAAUUUUUAAACUGUGAACAAGAUGCUAGAGUAAAAUAUUUGUAAAUAUUUAAAAUAGGGGCUGUAUUAACUAUGAUGAUUAAGGAGGAGAAAUAUAUAAAAGUAUUAAGUAUUUUUAUUAAUUUAAUUUGAUUAGGCCAUCAUAAAUAUUAAUAAUUGGAGAAAUAAAAUGCUGUAAAAAAGUGGGUAAUUGGGAAAUUUUAAAUUGGUUUGGUAAAGAGUAUAAAUCGAUGUAAUGAUGAUAUAAUUAAAUUUUUAGAGGUGGUGGAUCUUAUUUUUAAGGAAUGAAGAUUGGUAAGUGGACUGAAAUCCUUGAUGAUUUUGAUAAGGACUUUCAAAUGGUUUACAUUGGUGAAUAUAAUAAUGGUAAGAAAGUUGGAAGAUGGGAUAUUCGUGAUAUUGAAAAGUGUCAAAAAAAUUUUAUGUAUCAAAUUAGUAUAUAAAAAUUUCUUUAGUGGUGGUGGAUCUUAUGAUGAUGAUGGUGUUGAAAUAAAAAUUGGAAAGUGGAUUGAGCUGAUAAAUUCACAAAUAGCCCUACAAGGUGAUUAUGAAAAUGGAAAAAAAAUUGGUCGGUGGAAUAUUAUUGAAUUACCUGAUGGUAAAAUUAAAAAUGAACUUGGAUCAUAUUAUGGAAAGGAUGAAAUCAAGUAGGGGAAAUGGUUUGAUAUAACAAAAAUAUCGUCAUAAGACUAUUUAUAUGGGGAGUAUUUAUUUGGAGCCAAAAUUGGUAGAUGGGAAGGAGCCUGGUCUGGUUAUGGUGGUGAUUAUGAUUCUGAAGGUAGUGGCUAAAAGGUUGGAAGAUGGUUAGAGAGUUUUUAAAUGGACGAUAGAAUUCUUUACAAAGGAUAUUAUAAAAAUGGUAAAAAAGUUGGUAAAUGGGAUAUCUAUAAUGAUUGCAACGAUAAUAAAAAUUUUAUCGGUUUUGGAUAAUAUAGUGAAGGAAUAAACGAAAUAAAGAUUGGAAAAUGGUUUGAAUUUGAUGAAUGGCUAGUCUAAUAUUCUGGUGAAUACAAUAAUGGCAAAAAAGUUGGUAGGUGGGAUAUCAAAUUGCCAGAUACUAAAAUAUAGUAAUUUUUUUAUAUGAUUGGCUUAGAGGUGGAGGAUCAUAUGAUGGAGCUGGAAAUGAGAUUAUGAUUGGAGAUUGGGUUAGUCCAUGUAAAUAGUCGAAGAAGGAUUUUUUAAUAAUUUAAAAAGGUGGAUAUAAAUAAGGGAAAAAAGUUGGUUUAUGGAAAUUUCUUUGGGAAAAUAAUUUGAUGUAAUAAAAAAUAUUAUAUGAAAAUCUAUUUUAGUGGAUAAGGAGCAUAUGAUGAGUCAGGUGAUGAGAUUAAGAUUGGAAAAUGGAUUAUACUUAGUGAAUUUUCUUUAAAGCGAAAAUAAUUAACUUUCAUUGGAGAAUAUAGAAAUGGAAAAAAAGUUGGUUUGUGGUAAGAGAUGAUAAAAGAAAAUAAAUUAACAAAAUUGGAUGAAUAUUAUUAUGAUUAUUGAAAGAUUGAC